AAACUUGAGCGCGUAGCUGAGAGGAAAUAAAUAAAGCUUUAAAAGGCUUCAUCAUCGCCUGUCUCGUUCUAAGUUCCAACUAACUAGGGUCAGGUUUUUUUUGCCCAUUCCUAACAGCUUCACUACACUUCCUUCCCUUGCCAUUUUCUCGGGAUAAUUUCCCCUUUUUAUCCACAAAUUUCAGCAUGGCUAGGUCUGCCAAAGGCCACCAAGAAGAAUUGGACGACGACGACGAUGAACACUUCACUGCCGACACCUCUUCUCCUCACAAAGUGAAGUUGGAUGAAUCAAAUAGUGGGAAGAGGGUGAACCCUCAUCGUUCGAAGCAUUCAGAGACCGAGCAGCGUAGAAGGAGUAAGAUUAAUGAAAGGUUUCAGGUUCUGAGAGAUCUUAUUCCUCAAAAUGAUCAAAAAAGAGAUAAGGCUUCCUUUUUGUUGGAGGUUAUUGAGUAUAUUCAGUUUCUGCAGGAAAAACUGCAAAUUUAUGAACAGACUUGUGAAGGAUGGAAUCAGGAACCAACGAAAUUAAUCCCAUGGAGAGGUCAUCAUGGACCUGCAGAAAAUAAGGCAGAUACUUCUCAAGCUAUGCAAAAUGGAUCUGCUCACGAGAAAAGUGAUGUCUCUCCAUUAUUGCCAAAAAAUGUACAGAACCCAAUAGAGUCUGACUUGUCAACAACAACUAUCCAAAAGGGCCACACCAUUGGUUCAGCUGUAGAAGCGGUUCCAUUGGGGAUGCAAAUGAGACUGGAUGCAUUUGACCCAGUUGUAAGCAGUGGUAUGCCAAACCAACAUCUGCAUCAACCUAUAUCUAAUGCUGAUAUGUCUUUCCAAAUCCAGCCCCAAGUUUUGUUUAGUAAACCAAGCAGGGGCAACUAUAUGGUUUCGGAUAAUGUGUUGAUGGAACAUGAAGAGCUGACGAAUGAAAGUGAAUCACAAAGCAUUUCAAAUGCAUACUCGCAAGGAGUAUUAGAUACUCUUACACAAGCUCUGCAGUCUUCAGGAGUGGAUCUGUCUCAGACUAGUGUCUCAGUGCAAAUUGAUGUUGGUAGAAGAUCAAAUCCGGGCUUUACCCCUUCUGCAUCUAGCUCAAAGGUGUAUGGAAACCAGUUUGUGACCAAUAGAGUUAAUUACUGCAGUGAAGACUCUGAUCAAAGUCUAAAGAGGCUGAGAAGAGAUGCAACCUAAGGGUGCCCACCCCCCACGUUUAUUGUCUUGUUUCUUGUCUUUAGCUUAGGCGAAAUGGGAAGAAGGAUUAGAUUGGAUCGCAUCAAUUUUUGCUAUGCUGGUUAAUUCUGGAGAUGUGUUAAAUAUAUAUGUGUGUGUUUGCAGCACUUCCACUUGAUUUUGCGAUUGAAUGGCAAAUAUUUUAUAUUUUGCAUUCA